AUGGAUGUCGACACCGAGACUGCGAAAUUGACCCUUCAGGACGGUACAGUGUUCCAAGCAGAUAUGGUUAUGAUCGCCAACGGUAUCCACUCGAGACUUCGAAAGAGCAUUUUCGGCGACGAUGAGAAAUAUAAGGCGAAGAAAUGGCGUGUCUCCAUCUUUCGAGUUGCCGUACCCGUCCAAAAGGCCACUGAAGCAGUCGGCAGCGAAAGCAAACUACCCCACUGGAUGCUGCUGGACCACGACGGAGAGGGAUGCCUGACUUAUUUCCAUUCUCCAGAUGACUCCAACUGGCUCAUAGUUACAUACCAUCUCCAUUGUUCGUUGCACCUUCCGACAGGAGGGGGACAUGUAGAUACCGAGCGCGAGUCCUGGCAUGCUGACGCUGACCAAGGCGAGAUCUUGGAGGGUCUCGGAGAUUUCGACAAGACCCUGAUGGGGAGGGUCGGGACCCAAUUCAAGGUAUGGGAUAUGCAAGGCCUCGAUCCUCUUCCAUCUUGGAAUAAAGGCAAGGCGAAUCUCACAGGCAACGCAGCUCACGCCAUGACUCCGACGCAGGACCUGGGAGGGACAUGGCCAUUGAAGAUGCAGAAGCUGUUUCAUUGUUCGGGCCCGAAGUAG